AUGUUCCACGACUCCCCCAUCGCUCCAGCAGUAACGGUGCAGCGACGCCACAAUGCGGGUCGUUCUGUACGCAGGCACUACAAGCUGGACGACGUGGCGGCAUUCAUCAUGCGCGGAGCUGCCGCUUCGUCUUCCACAACGUCGGAGACAGCACCAUUCCGCCGCGUCGCGCUGCAAUUCCCUGAUGAUCUGCUGGAGGACGCUGUUGCCGUGACGCAGGCGCUGAAGCAAAUUCUAACUGCCGAUGCGCGCUGUAUAAACGCCGUGGCGGACGCCAAAAGCAGAGAGGGUGGGGAGCAAGCCGUGGUAAAAGAAGGUGACACGAGCAUUCAUCUCUUUGUGGUGGCUGACAACACCUUCGGUUCGUGCUGCCCUGACGAAAUCACUGCACAGCAUUACCAUGGCGACUGCAUCAUUCACUUUGGGGAUGCGUGCAUGAGCCGGUCGACACGCAUACCCGUGUUUUACGUUCAGGACGACUUUCAUUUCGCAGCCUUCGUGGGCCACUCAGACGAGCAGGCGCUUUCGGUGCACGCCGUGGUGCGUGCAGUAACGAUCCUGCAAGAGCGUUUGAAGGGGCUGCACAGUUCGUUGGAGGGGAAACACGUGGGCGCACGCAUCGUAUUGGUUGUUGUUGGGAGUCACCGCUCGCGCAGUCUCAUCAUCGCCGCGGCGCAACGCUGGCGGGACGAGAAGGAUACAGCAGCAGGGGUAAAUGGACCCGACGAGGUGGCCGUCGAAUGGUGCGGCUUUGAGUCCCUUACCACAACGGGUAUGGCACAACAGGCCACGCCCUCACCCAACACAGACUCCUCAUGGGUGAUCAAUGGCGCCAACUUCUCCUGUGCUGAUCACACAACGCUGCAGCACUUCCUAUUUGUUGGCCCGUCCAACGCGUCGUUGCCGCUGCAUCUUCUGAAUGUGCACCAGUACAACCUUUUCCACCGCCCUGAGGCGUUGCGCGAGGCCGUGUGUGAUACUGAUGGCCCUGCCGCGCUGACAAUCCUUGACGAGUCAUUUGGGCGCAGCAGUGAGGCACGUCUCACCACUCAAGCUAGUGCUCUUGGGAAUAACGCUGCGACGGAUGCGGCGCUGGAGGCGUACUUCUCCCACAGCACCAGCGGUUUUGCUGUCGUGCAGGUGGCACUAAAUAAACGCGCGCGUCAGCGCGCGUACAAUGUGGAGCUCAUCCGCUCCAGCGCUGCUGUUGGGAUUGUAGUGGCCUCUCUGGCCAUUGAGGGAUACUACGAGACGACGAUGCUGCUCCACAAACUGCUCCGCGCGUACGGCAAGCGGGCGUACAUAAUCUAUAUUGGCCACCUUAAUCAGUACAAGAUCGCAAACUUUGUGGAUACUGUCGACUGCUUUGUGGCCAUUGCGUGUCCCAACAGCCGUGAGGGUUACUUCCCUGGCAAGGACGAUGGUUUUUCCAAGCCGAUCGUCUCUCCUGUGGAAGUAUUGCUCGCGCUAAGAACGGAAGACGGCGAUUCUCCACUCUACGGUCACCGGGCUGUGUACAGCACGACAUUUGACUGCGUGCUUCCGCCACUGCGCGAGGCCAUGCAGGCGAUCGAGAGCGAUCGCGCCAAGGAGAAGACAGCCACUGUCGCGCUGCCACAAGAGGGCGGGAGUGGGGCCGCAUUAAUCCGCGCAUCUGCAGGAACUCUUACCACACAAGGCGCUAAUGGGGCGUUGAUUCGCCUCCACGAACGCACUUUUGUGGGGCUUGACCCGAAAACGGGACAGACGCCGGUGCAGGCGGAGAUACUACAGGGGCACCACGGUAUUGCCCGCGGCUACGCCACCGAACGUGAGCAGCAGCAACAGAAACCAGAGGAAUGA